UCAACAUUUUCCAAUCAAUAAAAAGCCACCACUUUCGAGUGCCGCAACCAGUUUUCUGUGAAUGCUGUGCGAGACAUCAGCGAAACUGUCGUGAAGAUGAACAAAUUUACGGUGAUUUUUGUUGCCUUAGCCGUUUUGGGCGCCGUUAAUGCCUACGGCGCUGGCGGUGGCUCUAAAUAUGGUGGUAGUGGGGGCUUUGGACCAGGAGGCGGUGGUGGCGGCUUUGGACCAGGCGGCGGUGGUGGCGGCUUUGGUCCAGGCGGUGGAGGCGGUGGUGGCGCUGGUGGAGGUGGUGGCGGUGGACAUGGUGGUGGCGGCGGAUUCGGACCCGGAGGCGGUGGUGGUGGAUUCGGCCCCGGAGGUGGUGGUGGUGGAAUCGGCCCAGGAGGUGGUGGCGGUUUCGGACCAGGUGGCGGCGGCGGCUCUGGUGGUGGUGGUGGCCACGGUGGUGGUGGUGGAAUCGGUGGUGGUGGUUUCGGACCAGGCGGCGGUGGCGGUUUCGGACCAGGUGGCGGUGGCGGUUUCGGACCAGGCGGCGGUGGCGGUUUCGGACCUGGCGGCGGUGGCGGUGGCGGCUCUGGUGGUGGUGGUGGUGGUGGUGAUGGCUUUGGUUCAGGUGGCGGCUUCGGCUCAGGCAGUGCAGGCGGUUUCGGCUCAAGUGGUGGCCAUGGCUCAAGUGGCGGUCAUGGCGGUUACAAAAAGCAUGGCUAUUAGAUUAAAUGAACUGCUUUUAUUUUGCUGUGAUUUUUUAACUGUGAAAAUAUGUGUAUAUAGUUUUCGUCUGGAAGAAACCGUAGAAUAUGUUUGAUAAAAUAAAUUUGUUUUUAUAUAACUAC